GUGUGGCAUAAUUAAGGGCCUGAAAUUUGAGCUGCUCCCCUGAAAUGCCGCGCCUAGAAUCUGCAUACAGUUCCGGGGCAGGACAACAACACAGCAAGCAAGUGUGAAGUCAUAUCGACGACGAUCUCUCCUUUCUACAGAAAAGAUACGGUACAAUAGAUAACGGAGUGACCGAGGCCUAGUAUAAUACACUGAGACAACAACAAGUCUUCCAUCGUCAGGAGACUGGAGUCUACAAACCAUGGCCGCGCCAGCUGUAGAGAAACCGGAGGUGCAGGUUGAACUUGAACCUAUCACAGCCCAGCCGAGUCACGUGGUCCUGGCAGACCAGGCGCCGGUUCCUAUUGGCUGUCCUCCCGGGCUGGAGUACCUCACACAAAUCGACCAACUGCUGGUCAAGCAAAAAGUAGAACUACUAGAAGUGUUCUCGGACAUCGAGACCAAAAACAAAUACGUCAUCAAGAACUCCAUGGGACAGCAGGUGUACUACGCGUACGAAGAUUCCAGUUUCUGCACGCGGCUGUGUUGCGGGAAGCGCCGCGGAUUCCGGAUGGUAGUAGUGGACAACGACAAGAAGGAAGUAAUCCGUGUGAAGAGGAAGUUUAAGUGCUGCGGAGGGAUCGCCUGCUGUGCCAACCUGGGGUGCGCCGCCCACGAGGUCAAGGUGCAAGCCCCGCCUGGAACGACCAUCGGUUAUGCACGACAACAAUGUACGUGUUGGAAGCCCCACUACUCCGUGCGUGACGCGGACCAUGAGACGGUGUUUGACGUGAAAGGCCCGUGCUGUAUCUGGAGCGGCGCCUGCUACAGAUGUGAUACAGACUUCAAGGUUUACAGCCCGGACGGCCACACAGUGGUGGGGAAAGUCAGCAGGCAACACGCCGGCUUUAUCAAGGAGGCCUUCAGCGAUGCCACCAACAUGAGCGUCACGUUUCCGAUGGACUUGGACGUGAAAAUGAAAGCGACCAUGCUGGGGUUGGCUUUUCUAAUCGAUUUCAUGUAUUUUGAGGACCAGCACCAAGAUUCAGACUAGGAGCAUCAAACGAUGCCAUAUUGUCAGACGAUCAGACGACUUAGCUGAGACAAUAUGGCGCUGGAUUAAUGAUGACGUCGUUAGACGCGUUAUAUCUCACUACCAAAUAUGGAGGCAUACUCUCCCAACGUUCAGCAUAUUCUACAGCGUUUUCAAUCUUACGCCAACUCUUGCCUUAUUUCUUUUAAACGGCCAAACUAAGCUAACAUUU